AUGUUCCACUUAGCGCAAUUCAUUGUUUUAUUUUGCUCGACGUAUGUGUUAGUAUCUGGUCUGUCACUUGAUAGAUCAAAAAUAAAAGAUGUACCUCCUUCGCCGAAGCAUGUUGGAAUUUUCGAUGAUGAACAUGAUCGCAAAAAAAUUGAGGAAAAAAUGAAUAAGUGGAAACCAGAAGAUGAUAACUAUAUUUGGGAAUUAAGUGGUUUAUAUGAAGGAGAUAUGAUGGGUAUAUCAAAAGUAGGUAAAAAUGGUAUUCUAGAUGUGGCUAAAAGGUGGCCCGAUGCUGUUAUACCUUAUCAUAUUGAAGAGGAUGAUUUUAGCGAAGUGCAAAUCGAAAAGAUCGAAAAGGCGCUAAAGGUUUAUCACGAGAAGACGUGUGUGCGCUUCCGUCCUUAUAAGAAAGGCGAUAAGGAUUUCAUAAUCGUGAAAGGCGACAGCACCGGAUGUUGGUCUUACGUGGGUAAACACGGCGAGGGUCAAGUAGUGAACUUUCAAAAUCCAGGCUGUCUUCGUCCUGGCACCAUCAUUCACGAGUUUAUGCACGCACUUGGCUUUUAUCACCAACAAAGUGCAGCCGAUCGCGACGACUGGAUCACAAUAGUCUGGGACAAUAUCACACCGGGCAGAGAACACAACUUCGAUAAGUACGAUAAUAAAACAGUCAGCGAUUACGGCGUGACCUACGAUUAUGGCAGCGUUAUGCAUUACAGUGCCAAGGCUUUUUCGAAAAACGGAAAUUUCACUAUUCUUUGUAAAAAAGAAAAUGUAACGCUUGGACAACGAGAUGGCUUCAGUGAAAAGGAUAUAAAAAAAGUUGAUGCAAUGUACGAAAAGCAAUGCAAAGCUCGUGAUAAAAAAGAGAAAGGAAAUAGUACUAUUCUUGAAAAUAUAAUUUCUUCAAUUUGGCCAUUCGAAGGAUGGUUUGGAGUUGCAUAA